UUCAGAACAACCGUCUCUCUUCCACGUGAGCGGCUGGUGUCUCUUCUGAGCAAAAAGAGCCACCAUAUCCAAUCUCCAAAUCAACUCCAACCCCUCAGAAUUUCCUCUUCUCUCUCUUACCCUGUUCCCUCCAUAACCAUACCAAAUCAAACCCUAGCCGCACUCAUUAUGCUGCUUCCUAAACAAUGAUUCGCGUAAACCACUAAUCUACUGGGGAAAAAAAAAUGCAAGCUUUCCCUGCCGUAAGGUCCUCCGACCUUUCAUCUCUACCAGGAGCAGGAGCAGCUUUUUUCAUACCCAGGACUCAAGUCAAUUUUCCCAAGAAACUGUUCUUCUGCCGUGCUAAGUUUUCUCACUCAGGUAACGCUGAGUUGCCCAGCUUAGGAGGCGGCCCAGCAAAUUUGGUGGUAGCAGAAAAAGAAGAAGCCAAGGCUGUAUUGACCUUGUUUUUGAAGAAACAAGGUUUGAGCAAGGCGGUUGCAGCAAGAACUAUCAGCAAAUCAGCUCUAUUUAUUAAUCACCUUGUUUCAAGACUUCAUUCAGUUCAUAAAAAUCGGUAUCUAGUAGGGCAAGAGCUUACAACUCUUGAGAUCAGGGAUGCUUUAAAUCCAUACCUUGAAACCCUCUACAAGGAGUAUGGAGACAUUCUGGUGGAUGUAGUUGAAAAUUUUCCUAAUCCACCCAUUGAAGAAAGAUCAAUAGAAAAUUUAUCAGUUUCGCCUUUAGAAGAAGGAUCGGUUGUGCCGGUUCCAGCCCCUAUUACCACCCUCAAGUCUAAGAAGUUAAGAGCCUUGGCUAGAUUGACUGACGACGGUUCCACUGGGAAGCCUCCUCCACAUAUUAUCUACCUCACUGAAAUUGGCAUGGAAAUGGAGGUGAUCAAAGAAGUGACACGGAAGUUUCCUAACUUUGCUUACUACAGUUUGGAUGGGAAAAUUAAGCCUUUGGUUGAAUUCCUACUUGAUCUUGGGGUACCCAAAUCCUAUAUCCCCACCAUUCUCAGCAAAAGGCCCCAACUCUGUGGACUCAGUCUGUCAGAAAACUUAAUACCCACUAUGACAUAUUUAGAGAACUUAGGCAUGGACAAGAAACAGUGGACAAAGGCAAUUAGCCGAUUCCCUGCGCUUCUCACUUAUAGCAGGCAGAACUUGGAAUCAACUAUUAAUCUUCUUUAUGAAUUGGGGCUUCCAGCCGAAAACCUGGGUAAGGUUCUAACGCGUGGCCCACAGAUCAUAGGUCAUAGUACGGUGAACAUAAAGGCUACAGCUCAGUACUUCCAUUCUCUUGGGGUUGAUGUUGGCAGUCUUCUCCACAAAUAUCCGCAAACUUUUGGUCUAAACAUUGAGGCCACUUUGAAACCUGUGACGGCGUUUUUCUUGGAGAGGGGAUUCUGUACUGCGGAUAUUGCACAAAUGAUUUCCACUUAUGGAGCUCUGUAUACUCUAAGCUUGUCGGAUAACAUGAGACCCAAGUGGGAGUUUUUUUUGACAAUGUGCUACCCGAAAUCUGAUCUGGUUAAAUUUCCUCAGUAUUUUGGGUACAGUUUGGAUGUGAGGAUUAAACCUAGGUAUGCAACUAUGGUGGCAAGUGGAGUAACAUUGAGUCUGAACGUGUUGCUCUCUCAUUCGGAUGAUGACUUCGAUAGGUUUUUGAAACGAAAAAUGGAGAAAAAUGCUGGAUGAAACUGUUCCUAUUACAAGAUGUUUCUGUUCAUCACAGGUGAUUCAACUGGAGGUUUGUGAUUUCCUCUGGCCCGAUGCCUUAUUUAGAACUAUGAAACUAUCGGACUCAGGACAUUUCUUUGUUGUCGUAGUAUGAAUUUAAUGACAAAGAGUGGAUGAAUGUUGGUUGUGUAAUUUCGCACGGAAAUUUCAUCGAAGGAGAUAUUUAACAUUUUCCGCGAGUAAAGGCCUUUUGGGCUUUUAAUCGUUCACGUUUUUUCCUUAAAAGUGUAUAGCAAACUCAUUUCUUUUCUUGUUUCUUUUCGGUUUUCGAAAGGUCUGUUAGUAUUUGCUUCAUUUUGAUAGCAUUGCAAUGCUAGAUGAAUGCCCCUUUCAUAUGGACA